AUGGUCACUACCCGACGUGCUGCGAGGGCGGCUGCUGAAGCGAACGAUACAGUUAUGGAUUCUCCCUCAAGAUCGACUUCGACACCUCGCUCGUCUCCUUUCCUGCCGACACCUCUAGAGAGAGCUGGGCUUGUAAUAUUCCCAGCUCUCUUGAUCUUCGGAACCAUCUUCUCCAUAAUCUCGCCGCAGACACGCGCCGCGCCGUACGAUCCUAUCGCGCAGUCGCAUUUCCAAGAUCCCAGCGUGUCUCCGAGCUACUUCGCUCGCAAGUCCAAUCUUUUCAACGUUCUCUUUGUCAAGCGAGGCUGGGCAUGGAUCACUGUUGCAUUCUUUGUCUUCAUUUUCAGCCAUCCUAGCACCACUGACACCGGACGACGUGUUCGCGCGAGUCUACGAUGGGUUGCUGUAACAACACUGUGGUUCCUCGUGACGCAGUGGUGUUUUGGACCUGCUCUGAUCGACCGUGGUUUCCGAUGGACAGGUGGGCGCUGCGAGCUCGCUCGAAGAGAGGUUGAAUUUGGCUCCGAUACUGUUGGUGAUAAGGUCACAGCAGUAGCCUGUAAAGCUGCCGGUGGUAAAUGGAAGGGAGGUCAUGACAUAUCGGGCCACGUCUUCCUCCUGACACUGGGUACUGCGUUUCUCAUGCAGGAGGUCGGUUGGGCUGUGUUGAGAUGGUCUGGCAAACGAAACGAGGAGCGAUGCGUCGUUAUGACCGACGGAGCCCUCAAGAGCGCUAAUGUCGAAUCUGAUACAUCUCUGGGCGAAGGUUCCGAGCGACCUGCCUUAGGUCUCGGUGGCAAGUUCGCCGUGGGUGUCAUGGGAUUGAGUGCUUGGAUGCUACUCAUGACGGCUAUUUACUUCCACACAUGGUUCGAGAAGUUUACUGGACUCUUGACCGCGGUGACGGCCUUUUACAUUGUGUAUAUUGUGCCUCGCUUUGUACCUGCUGUUAGACAGGUCAUUGGUCUUCCUGGUAUAUAG